AUUUAUGGUUCGCCGCUUUGGUUAGACUAACAGCUUAGCGACUUGUCUUUCCUUCCUUUUCACCUUUCGGCGACAGGGAGUGCCAUUGGCCUGGCUGGGCAUUCGUUGUCGGAGUUGACCUUGUGUCGGCUGCCAUUCUGUCUCUACGCUGCGUCGGGUUGCGCCUUAGGUUUUCUACAGGAGUCGAGUGUACGGCUUCUCCGAUAGAUGUAGAUUUGUGGCCGAUUGUGCGGUCUUAUGCGCACCCAGUAUGUAAUUUGGAUGAUCUUAUAAAUAAGGAGGUAAAUAAUUGAUUGAAAGGGUGGCAGCAUAUAGUCCUAACGCAAAAAAAAAAAAAAACUCUACGGUGGCCAAGAAAGGUCAUAACAGUGGCAUACACAUGACGGAGCUACAACAGAGACGCGCCAGAUCCGGUCUCCUGUCCAUAGAGGCCAGUCGAUAGUCGUAACCUUUACCCAUUCACCGCGUCGGGUCUACUACCUCCUCCCCCCACUGGUAACAGGCCUGGUGCACAUAAUCAAACAAGUACAAGCAGUUUACUACACCUAGUCCCGGCCUGGGAAUUGUCGUGUUUGGAAUCCAUCGACUAGAUCAGAAAUAGAAGACUGAUGACAGAAGUUCAUGAAGAUUGAUUGUGAAAAAGUAUGCAGUGGAUGUCGACUACGUCGUCGCGUGUGCUUUCAGAUGGCGCUUUCCCGCAGCUUCUGAAAUCACGAACGGCGUCGACACGAGCUGCGUUCCCUUCCUUAGUCAACAGAUGCCAACUUUAUUGAUACUGCAUGCUUUGUUAGUUUUGUUUUUCCACGACAGCAAUGGUCCUCUUGAUUGAUCGAUCCUCAGUUGAAUGCUGUACUGACCGUUGGUUGCUGUAUCGUAGGUCGGCUGCAGCAUCGACGUGGUCCCUCAAUAUAGGUGUAUGCCCUCUCAAGAACCUUCGUGGCGAGUUUUCCGCCGGAAGCGUGGUGCACCUAAACGCGUUUUCGGGUGACCGCGACAUGCAACGACGAAGGAGAAGGGAGCAGGAAAUCUGA